AGUAAGUAUAAAGUAAGGUAGCCGUUUUCAGAAUGUGCAAUAGGGAGCCAGGGAGCGACCUCCAUGCGGAGAAUCGGAGUCUGCGGAUGAUCUAAUAGUCCGCGUACUUUCGAGCUCAGGCAUAGAGGGCUCAGUGUUGUAAGCGGCAAUGGCUAAACGACGACGACGGUGACCACAAUGGACGAAGACGACUGGGAAGCCCGCCUCGCGGACGUCGAGUGGCAGCGGUUGCAGGCAGCGCGUGAUCAGGACGGGCUUCGCGACGGCCUGGCCGAGGGAAAAGAGCGCGCACUGCAGGCCGGUUUCGACCAGGGAUUCCGCGAGGGCUUCCAGCUGCUUCGCCAAGUCGCUGUCUGGAGAGGCCUGGUUCGGGGUGCGUGCAGUUUCGCCGAAGGCGGCGAUCGGUCAGAGCUGACUGAACUGACCGGCCGACUGAUACAGCUCGAGCGAGACCUGCUGGCAGGCCGCGCGGGCGCAGCGCAAGUGCGCGAGACCCGCGUCCAAGUGCAGUGUGCGCUGCAGGCGCACGGACUUAGCCUGCCAGACGAAGACAGGACGCAGGAGCAAUAAAAAGAGUGACCACAGAAA